AUGGCUCAGAUCGCGCUGCCACGACAGCAGGUGACGCAGACACAGCAAUCUGCCCAAGUCGGCUCACCGCUAUACCAGCGCCGCCGCCCGUCACAGGCCGGUCCCAUCGAACUGCUGCCGAACCCUGACUUCUCCUUCCCCAUGCGAGACCCAGAGACUACCUCGUCAGUACCCGUUCCUGCUGCCAAUGCGCGCCCAAUGUCGCUCCAAGCGUAUCCUACAGGCCGUCGAGGCUCCGCUCACGCCAGAGGAAAGUCGAUCAAUGCUCUGCCCGACUUCAGUUUCAACCCAGCCGGAACAUCGGCGCCGGUCGCGACGGCUCCGUCACCACAACUCUCUCCUAUGGCGUUGCCCACGACUCCCGUAACUCCUUCGAGACCGAUUGGAGGGCAUAGACGCGGUGGGAGCGAGUUCAUCGGUGGAGAUGGGCGGUCCGGAGGCACUUCGCUGUUGAGCACCAGUCCUACUAAAGGCGACGACGUCUUACCUGCACCGACUAACAACACCCUACGACCGGGCCCACCUGCCGGACGACGUGGUCAUGCUCAUCGUCGCUCGGGUGCAGUAUCCUCUCACGAUCUAUCCUCGAUGAUGAACCCUCCGGCGCACCCACGAGCCGGUAGUGCCCCCGUUACCCCUUCAGAGGGUCCACAGUUUGCAUUUGGCCAUUCUGUGAACAAGUCCAUGUCUCAACCGUCAUUGCGAGAUGCUGGUUCACUUCAAGACGCGGACGAGAUGCCGCGACCUCCCUCCCGGGCACGUGUUGGGUUUUCCGAUAAAGUCGAAUACAUUCGACCGCUCUCAACUAUUUCCUCAGAAACCGAAACAUCCAUGUCGACGAUGCGAGGUCACUCUGCGACGAAUAGUCUGUCAUCAGUUAUUAGUUCCGGAACAUCGAGCCCGCAGACGUUCAGAAAUGGUCGCCCUACGCUUAGCACUGUGGAGGAUGAAUCUCGGCCUAGUACAGCGGGCGCAAUUUUGGGUAGUCGCAGCAAUUCUCGGGAUGAUGUGACCAACCGCAAGCGUCCUUCCUCUGCAAUCUCCCCAACGGCGAUUGCGGCCCCCAACAACGUAUCUCUCCCAGCCAAACGUCGAAGCUUCUUCCGGUCUGAGCCGCGACGCAGUGAUCCAUCUGUACCGGCUCUUUCCAGCGUUUCUGACCCGGCUCUGACUGUUCCCAUUGAGUCUCCUCUGCCCUCUCCAAUGCUCGAUGAAGAAGAAUCUGGCGAGCAGAGUACCAAGACCAAGCCGCGGAAAUCUAACAGGGCCCCUAGGAAGGUCAAAUCGUGGGCAAGCUCGAUUAUUCCUAAAAAAGCAAAACACAGCAGAAAGGUCAAGGACAGAGCUUCAACACCACCUCCGCAUUCUACCGUGGAUGAUGAAUCUGAUGCGUCCGAGGACCUCGAUUUCGAAGCCAACUUCGACGUCGAUAAUACAGUGACGAUUGUGUCGCCCGCCGACGACACAGCCACUGUUCAGAAGACACAAACUGAUUACGCAUCAUGGCAGCCGCGCGAGCUCAAACGCGUAGAUUCUGACACGAUGAAUUCCGUGAUCGAUCUAGACGCAGCGCUUGGGCCGUUCAAUGGUACGAAUGCCCGUACGCAGCGAGGCUUUGCUGCCCACCGACGAGCUAUGCAUAGCGCAGGGGGUGUCCUCCAGAACCACCGGCGGACUGAGAGCGCACCAGCAUUGGUGCCCUUUGAGCUCAGAAGCACCGCAGCGGCAACGUCAUCAACUAUGGCAGAUGUGUUUGAAGAGGAGGAGCCAGAAGACGACACGCCCAUCUCCAGUGGAAAGAGCACGCAUUCUGAACCCGCGAUAAGUGGGGAGCAAGAGGAACCCGAAGAGCCAAAGAUACAAAUUGUGGAGACUGACGAACAUCACAAUGGUUCAUCUAUCAAUUGGAAUUUCAACGAUGAUCUGAGUCUGAAACGCAAUGAUAGGUCACGGAGAGAGGAGUCAUCUGAACCGUGUUCUCCACGUGCUCUUCCAGACUCAGUCUUGAGCGUUGAUGGAACCACACGCUCCACAGGUGCCGAUGCGGUAGAGAUUGUAGAAGAUUUUGAAGAGCCGCGAACCUCAUCUCUCACUCACUCUUCUGACACUACUGUCACGCCUCAGAUCUCAACAGACGACACUAAGGAGACGCACACCGUCAUGAACCUUUCUCUUCCCCUCGGACAACAGAACCUGAUGACGCCAGAUACCUUCACAUCAUCCUUUUCAUCACCAGACUUUAGAUCUAGCCAGGUCUCAUUGGACACGCAAAGGCUGGGCACAGCUGCAUCGUCCAUGACUGACUACCAAGCGAUGCCUUCACCACGCUUUGGAGAACCAGGUCCAGAGCUUCGCGUCUCCGUCGAUGACGUUCCCUCGCUGAGCUCUUCUCGAUCCACAAUGACGAGCGCGAUGCAGAGCGUCUUCCCGUUGCCGAGUCCUCGGCAGCAAGGUGAUCGAUCUGCCUCUCUCUGCUCUGCCCCUAGCGAUGUUGAAUCGCGUCGCCGCAAGCGUUCGAGCAUUGCAAGCCUCUCUCGUCUGAUGAACACUGGGUCGUUUGGCGAGAGGAGCAAGCUGUCAAUCGAGACGAGGCCACAGUCAGAGUAUGGCAUGCUGGAAGCCACCCAGAAGGAAUCCAAGAAGAAGCACAAGCGACUCAGCAAGCUCAUGCAGUUUUGGAAAACCAAAGAAUCAAAAGGGUCGUCUCGGACUUGA